CGCCUUUUUGUACUGUUCAUAUUUUUCAUUAACAGUAUGCAGGUAGAAAUUGAGAACGAUAUUUUAAAGGUACUUAAUGUACCAAGAGAAUUAGCAAAUCAAGUUGCUUAUAUUAUUGUUAAUGAUCUGGGAGUUGAGGAAGCCAAAGAUUUAAGUUUAAUUAAUGAAGAAGACCUCACUAAAGGAAGCAUUUUGAAAACAAUCCAAGCCCGGAAACUUAUAAUGACCUGGAAAGCAGACAAAAUUGAGGAGCAAUAUAAUUCGACGUCAAGUGUUGAAACUGACAGCAGCCAUUCUUUACAACCUUCACCAAUGCAAAACUGGGCCAUGAAUUUUGAAAUCCCGUGGCACAAGUUUCCUGCAGACUUAAUAACAAGCUGCAAUAACAAUGAAGUACCAACUCCUUUUAACAGAAGAGAAAUGGUGAAAAUUCUCAUUGAGGAAAUCACAAAGACUUAUCCAAAACCAGGAAAGAGAAACUUGCACACAAUUGCAUGUAAAGUCUCAUCAAAAUAUCCCAAUUCCUUCAGCGAUACUUUCCUGCACAGUGACAAAAUAAAUUUUGGCAUCCAGUCACUAGCAGAUCAGUUAUUGUACAGAUAUGAGUAUGUCAGACGACAAACUAAAAGAGCGAUUGUAUCAACGCCAACUUCGGCACGUAAAAAGCUUGUGGAAUCUUCAUUGCAGCACCUAAAUGAAGCAAAGCUGUGGCUCAUUGAUCACUAUAAACUUCAAGCGCAUGAUUCAUCUUUGGUUCAAUACCGAAUGGGAGAAACUUAUGAGCUCCAAAGAGAAAUGAUACACAACAAAACCACGAUUGAACAGAUAAAAAGUGAAUUUCCAUUCCUUCUAAUUAAAGAGCAUCUUUAUGAUCAUUUCUGUACACUCAUGGACAAACCAGAUGCAGUGGAACUGUUCAAUUCCAAACUAUGUUCACAAGCAAAGAAAAUUUUCAAAGCACUCAAGUCCAGAUCUCAUGCUGGAAUACCUGCCAUUGCCAGAAAGAUUAGAGAAGAAUGCAGCGAACAUGGAAAUUCAGCUCCAAAAGCUCUGAGGAUCAUUGACCUUCUGGCAUGCUAUUUCAAAGAAGAUGUAAAAUCUGUUUAUCAGCUUUUUGAGAAUGAAGUAGAAUUAGCAGAAGUUUUGCCAUCACUGCAAGCAGCUCCAAUCAUUAUUGUGUUUGGAGACGACCUUGUCACCUCAGAAAAAUUUUGUGUUCUCAUCGAACAAAUAGAAGUGAUGAGAUGCACGGACUUCUUUUCUGCCUUCGUGUACAUGUUUUGUGCGUUUUUUGUGUUUGAAAUGAAAUACCCUGAUGAUUCUGCUUUAACGUAUGAAUUCAUACAAAGAUAUUUCGUUGGCAUCAACACAGCUGGCACCAGAAGCAAAAAGCGACAAAAAUAUGUCAUCCACCCCAAAGUCAUGAGACUGGGAAAACUUGUGGAGUGACUGCUGAAUAGGGUUCUAAUGCAGUGCAGUAUUGGGGAAACUUAAGUCAUUGACUCAACUUGAGUCACCUUUUUCAGAGACUCAUUGUUAUACAAAGUUAUUUUCGUUUUGCCUUACAUUUUCGUUUUUGUUUCUACAUUACAUUCCUUUAAUAUUUUUGUUGAAAACA